AAGCCUUAACACAUGCAGCAAGAGUGCAAGACAAGGAAAACCUGAUAAAUCACCCACUGAAACAAAGUUAAUGAAGAGGAGAGUCCAGUCAAAAAGGGUCUCCCAUAGAACAAAAUCAGAACUGAUGACACAAACAUUACUCACCCAAUAGAGAUCUAUAUUUAUCAGAUCUUGCUUCUCUUGGUCUAUGCUUAGAGAGAGAGAGAGAGAGAGAGAGAGAGAGAGAGAGAGAGUAACAAUUGACAGAGAUGGGGAUGACCAGCAAAUGGAUCAAAAGCUUCUUGACAAGCGGGAAGAAAGACAGAGAGAGAGAAAAGGAGAAGAACAGUAACAGUAACAGUAACAGUCAGCCCACCUCCAUUCCAACAACACCCAUUAUAAUUCCACCCACAAAUCCCAAGGAGAAACGAAGAUGGAGUUUCAGGAGAUCGUCGGCCACAGGUACACCAACCAAGGAUUUGAAUUCCACAGACAAAGUUUCCACCGGUGCACUGAUGGAAGCUGAGAAUGAGCAGAAGAAGCAAGCGAUGGCUGUGGCUGCAGCAACCGUGAUCCACCAAACGAAUGCUGUUGCUACACCCAGAUCCAUUGAGGUUGAAGAGGCCGCUGCCAUCAAGAUUCAAGCUGCCUUCCGUUGUUACCUGGCAAAGAGAGCAUUAAGUGCAUUGAAAGGAUUAGUUAAGUUGCAGGCACUGGUGAGGGGGCAACUGGUGAGGAAACAGGCAACUGCUAUCCUCCAGUGCAUGCAGGCAUUGGUUACAGUUCAGGAAAGAGCUCAAGCCCGGUGGCUCCGAGUUGCCGGAGAAGCACAACCCAUCAACCAGAGGCAAUCAAUUCACAGAAAAUCUUUGCAAGACAUCCGACUUACACAAGCAUGUGGCGAGAUAGAUACUGCUGGCCUGGAGGAGAAUAUUAAGAUCGUAGAGACGGAUCUUGGCCAACCAAGGCAAACUGCAAAGAGCAGGAAUAGCUACUCAAACCACCCACAAGAACGAGUAGAUUCACGAUUCUCUGCAUAUUAUCCAAAUAAUGGUGAAAACUUGAAACAGGAUCAUCUUGGCCAACCAAUGGAAAUUACAAAGAGCAGGAAAAGCUACUCAAACCACCCACAAGAACGAGUAGAUCCACGAUUCUCUGCAUAUUAUCCAAAUAAUGGUGAAAACUCGCAGGAUCAUCUCCAGAAUUCACCUGCUCCAUCAGCAUUGACAGAGAUGAGAUCAAGAGCCUGCAGUAGCCAUUUUGAGGAGUAUACCUUCACUACUGCAGAGAGUAGUCCACAGCACUACUCAGCCAUGUCUAAGCUGGACCCAACAAGAACUCCUCAUGCUUUCCUCCUGAAUGAGUAUGCAGACUGCGCAUCCACCGAUAACCCAUUCUAUCCACAUUACAUGGGCAACACAAAAUCGUCCAGGGCCAAAGUGCGCUCACAGAGUGCACCGAAGCAACGAUCUGAAUCAUUCGAAAGACAAACUAGCGGUCGGAGGUCAGCAAUGGAAGGAAGUAUUAUUCCUCGAGGAGUGCGGAUGCAGCGUUCAUCUUCACAUGUGGGAUCCAUUGUUCCUAGCAAUCAAUAUCCAUGGUCAAUCAAGCUUGAUAGAUCCACUGUGUCACUCAAGGAUAGUGAGUGUGGUUCGACCAGUACAACGCUGACAAAUACCAGUUACUGCAGAUCUCUCUUUGCAUAUGAGGUCUGUCACUUAAGUUUUAUUCCAAAAUAUUAACAACUUGGCUAUGAUUAAGAAGGUGGCCAGUUACCUUCCUGAAAUGCAAUUUAAAGAUUCAACAUGGCUUGCAGUUAACUACUGCAUUGGGUUACAGUUAUUGGCUGCUUUCAGCAAACUCUAAUUUUCUGUUGUUUCCUGUCUUUUCUGAGUGCAGCACCAAGGAAGCAGAUUCUGACAGUUUUCAUCUACUUCACUCCAAAGUAUGAUCCUGUUUAUUUCUCUCUUUUUGGAAUCCAGCCUGAAGGGAAUAGAUACUGAUGGCUCAUCUCUCACCACCGCAAUGACAAGAAUCUGUGAUCCAUGAGAGUAAAGAAACAAUGUGGACACAGACGGUGAUGCAAGCUUCAACAGUAGACUCCAGAUUACAAAGUAUUUGAAGUAGAAUCAGCUCAAAAUUACUGAUUCUAUUCAAUUCGUGGUUUCAAAUGCCUCUACAGGAGGAUCUUCGCUUCAAGAAACCCUUAUAAAAUCCUGAUUUUUCUAUGGAUAUUAGGACAAUUUUUUGUUUGCUCAGCUUUAAAGAUUUUCAGGGUAGAGAAGGAUUCGGCAGCUGACAGCUGAACACAUUAAACAUGUAAGGGAUAGAUAUUUAAACUGACUUGUAUCUUCGCAAAAGAAACAUACUGAAGAAUAUGAAUUUUGGAGAAUUAUACCUCCACAGUGAUGCUAUAACAGAGAUUAGAUCUGUACCAAUAGCAAUCAAAAGGCCUCUCUAUGUAUUGGACUGCAGACCUUUGCCACCA